AUGUUUGACCUCAUUGUCGUAGGCGCCGGUUUCUCUGGCCUUCAAGCCGCCAUUACAGCUCAACAAGCAGGUCUUUCGGUCGUCGUCCUCGAGGCACGCGAUCGUAUUGGCGGGAAGAUCUGGAGUGUUCCACUUGCCACUGGUCGCGGGUACGCUGAUUUGGGUGGUGCCUGGAUCAAUGUCAACCUGCAAAAGCGUGUGGGCGCAUACAUCGAGAAAUUUGGUCUUAAGACGGUAGAACAGCGGUUGGAAGGAAGGGCGAUUAUGCAGGAAGAUGUGAACGAGAGGUUCGAGUUUCCCUUUGGAGUCGCACCGUCUGAUGUUAAGGAGAAGGAUAACCUGGCGAAGAUUCGAGAUCAUAUCCAAGCCGAGUCGUUGAAGCCUGGUCCACCCCGGGUUGAGGACGACAAUGUCACUCUCGAGCAAUACAUUCGUAAUCUCGGAGCAGGGCCGAAGACAAUCAAGAUGGUCAAUCUUUGGGCGCGGGUUAUGCAUGGCUUGGAAUCGUCCGAAUACUCCGCUGCUUGGUUCAUCGAUUACUGUCGCUGCAACCACGGCCUUUUGGCUAUUCGCGCGGACGAUUCGAGUGGUGGGCAGCAUCUUCGGUUCAGAGAUGGUUCCCAAUCACUAGCCAACGCCCUCGCAUCCCUCGUCGGUCCCUCCAACAUCCACCUCUCUUCCCCCAUCGCCACUAUCGAGGAUCUAUCCACGCACACAAUUGUAACAACGACGACUGGAAAGUCUUUCACAGCCCGCAAAUGCAUUCUCUCCAUCCCCAGCACCAUGUACAAAGAACUCAACAUUCAGCCUCCUCUCCCGCCGCGCGUGCAGGAAGUCACAAACGCCACCGUGCUCGGCGACUACAACAAAGCCAUCGUCUGCUACGACCGACCCUGGUGGCGGGAUAGUGGGCUCAACGGCUACUUUGCCUCCUACAGUGGUCCGGUAAUUCUGGCUAGAGAUACCUCCGUCGAUGAAGUCCGGCAUUACUCUCUAACCUGCUUCGUAAACGGCCAGGCCGGAAGGGAGUGGAGCAAGCUCAUUCCUCAUGAGCGACGAGCAGUAGUCAUUAAGCAACUGGCUAAGGUGUUCAACGCUGGCGACAACAAUGACCAUGAGGUGUACAAGCCGAUUGAGGUCUUUGACCAGGUCUGGCAGCACGAGAGGUAUAGUCGUGGGGCGCUGGCGCCGAUUACUGCACUGGGCCAUAUGACGCAGUUCGCGGAUGUUUAUGGCAAGCCUGUGGGUAACUUACAUUUUGUCGGAACUGAGUAUAGUAAUGAGUGGAGGGGAUAUAUGGAGGGAGCCCUGUGUUCUGGAGAGGUUGGUGCCGCAGAGGUUGUGAAGGCUUUGAGUGGAAGGGGAAAGGCGAGUCUGUAA